AUGUGGUUCUGCUCUUCUCAUUUCAAUUUCAUUCUCUAUCCUAAAAAAUGUUUAUCUUUUUUGUCACACUUUCACUGGACCCCUUACUUUAAUCCUCAACUAACCAGUUGAAACCACGCACAUUCCCCUAUUUGGUUUCAUGUCUUUCAUUAAAACACAAAGAAACAGAAACAUUUUUAGCUCAAGAAAGUAAAUCAAUGACGGCUUCUUAUUGAAUCUUGGAGGAAUUUUUCUGGUUACAAUGAGCUUUUUAGCAGGGUCUUCAAGUCAUACUUGGCCACCUAUGACAACAGAUACAACAACUCCAAGUUAUUGGUUGAACUGGAGAUUCUUACUCUGUGCAAUAUGGAUAUUAGCAGCUAUGGUGGUUUCAAUUCUUAUAAUAUGGAAGUAUGAAGAAUGUUCUUCAAAGUCGAAAAGAAACCAGCAAAGAGAGAACGGGCAAACGAGAGCAGGGAUUUUGUACAAAGAUGAUGUUUGGAAGACAUGUUACAAAGCAAUCCAUCCGAAUUGGCUGCUUGCUUAUAGACUAAUUGCUUUCGCCGUGCUUCUCUCUUUGCUCAUUGCAGAUGUAGUGCUUCAUGGCGUACGCAUACUUUAUUUCUAUACUCAGUGGACAUUCACCUUAGUUACAGUCUACUUUGGGGAUCUUCACUCUCCAUUCAUGGCUGUUUCCAAUCUCGCAAGGGAGGUAAAGGUGAGAGUGGUGAUAGUGUUGAUACAGAGAGAGGCAUUUACACUGCUCCAAUUCCUGAAAACGCAAACGUACUUAUUGUAUCCAAUGGCUUGAAUUCCCAUGGAGAACCACAUGUUAGAGAAGCUGCAGGUCCUUGGAGCGUUGCCUUUCAAAUAAUAUUCCAGAUGACUGCAGGUGCAGUUGUUCUUACGGAUUGUGUUUUUUGGCUCGUUAUCUACCCAUUCCUCACUGACAAAAAUUACAG